CGGGUUGCGCUGUCGGCCAGUGGGCUCGUGGUUCAGUGCGCGAGUGCUGGAGAUUCCGGGUCCGUGAAGGAAACCUCUCCAAAACACGAUAAACGUGAAAGAGCGAGCAUGGCGGUCGAAGAGGAAGGUCUUCGAGUCUUUCAGAGUGUCAAAAUAAAAAUAGGAGAAGCCAAGAACAUCCCUCCCUACCCCGGGCCGAACAAAAUGAGGGACUGUUACUGUACGGUGAACCUGGACCAGGAGGAGGUGUUCAGAACCAAAAUCAUCGAGAAGUCAUUAUGCCCAUUCUACGGCGAGGACUUCUACUGCGAAAUCCCACGCAGCUUCCGACACCUCUCUUUCUACAUCUUCGACAGGGACGUCUUCAGGAGGGACUCCAGCAUCGGUAAGGUGGCGGUGAAGAAGGAGGACCUUCAGAAGUAUCAUGGUAAAGACACGUGGUUCCAGCUGCAGCCCAUCAGCGCAGAUUCUGAGGUGCAGGGAAAGGUUCACUUGGAGCUGCGCCUGAGCGAGGUCAUCACGGACAACGGAGGCGUCUGCCACAAGCUGGCAACCCGGGUUUUAGAGUGCCAAGACCUGCCUAUUGUUAACGGACAGUGCGAUCCUUAUGCUGCUGCGUCCUUACAGGGGCCGUCCAGAUCGGAAGCCAAGAAGACCAAGGUCAAGCGGAAAACCAACAACCCUCAGUAUGAUGAAGUCUUCUACUUUGAGAUCACCAGACCACUCAGCUACACCAAGCGGCAGUUUGACGUGGAGGAGGAGGAUGUGGAUAAAUUAGCGCUCAGGGUGGAUCUGUGGAAUGCCAGUAACCUGAAGUUCGGAGACGAGUUUUUAGGAGGCGUUCGGGUACCACUGAAGGUUUUGGGUCAGGAAGGCGUUCAUGACGCAUGGUACUUCCUGCAGCCGAGGGAUAACUGCGGUAAAUCGGUGAAGGCCGACGAACUGGGUUCUUUACGACUCAACAUCGUUUACACAGAGGACCAUGUCUUCCCUUCAGAGAGCUAUAGUGACCUCACUGACCUGCUGCUGCAGUCUGCAAACAUGGAGCCUGUAUCAGCAUCAGCAGCCCACAUCCUUGGAGAAGUGUGCCGGGAGAAGCAGGAAGCGGCCGUCCCUCUCGUCCGGCUCUUUCUGCACUUUGGCAAAAUCGUGCCUUUCGUCAGUGCAAUUGCCAAUGCAGAGGUUAAUCGCACACAGGAUCCCAACACCAUAUUUCGGGGCAAUUCGUUAACGUCUAAAUGCAUCGAUGAGACCAUGAAGCUGGCAGGAAUGCACUAUCUACAGGUCACUCUCAAGCCCAUCAUCGAUGAGAUCUGCACUGAGCACAAGCCUUGUGAAAUCGACCCUGUAAAGCUAAAAGAAUCAGAGAAUCUAGAGACCAACAGGGAGAACCUGCGGCAGUACGUGGAUCGCAUCUUCAACGUCAUCACUACCUCCGGCGUCAGAUGCCCCACCGUCAUGUGCGACAUUUUCUUCUCGCUCCGAGAAUCUGCCGCCACCCGUUUCCAAGUGGACCAAGACGUGAGGUACACAGCUGUCAGUAGCUUCAUCUUCCUGCGUUUCUUUGCCCCGGCGAUCCUCUCACCCAACCUGUUUCAGCUCAGGCCUCAUCAUCCAGAUCCUUGUACAUCACGGACUUUGACUCUCAUCUCCAAAACCAUCCAGACCCUGGGAAGCCUUGCCAAGUCGAAAUCAGGCAACUUUAAAGAGUCUUAUAUGGCUGCGUUUUACGAUUACUUCAACGAGCAGAAGUAUGCAGAUGCUGUGAAAAACUUCCUCGACCUGAUCUCGUCGUCUGGGAGAUGGGACCAGAAGAGCAUUGAGACGCCCAUCAUGUUAAAAGAAGGAUUUAUGAUCAAAAGAGCACAAGGGAGGAAACGGUUUGGCAUGAAGAACUUCAAGAAGAGAUGGUUCCGGCUCACCAAUCACGAGUUCACGUACCAUAAAACCAAAGGUGAAGGAGCUUUGUGUAGAAUCCCCAUUGAGAACAUCUUGGCUGUGGAGAGAUUAGAGGAGGAGUCUUUCAAGAUGAAGAACAUGUUUCAGGUGAUCCAGCCCGAGCGGGCGCUGUACAUUCAGGCCAACAACUGCGUAGAGGCACGGGACUGGAUCGACAUCCUGACUAAAGUCAGCCAGUGUAACCGCAAGCGUCUGAGCACCUACCAUCCUUCAGCCUACCUCAACGGACACUGGCUAUGCUGCAAACAGGCCAUAGACUCUGCUCCAGGCUGCACCCCCUGCACUGGUGGCCUGCCUGCAAACAUUCAACUUGACAUAGACGGGGACAGAGAGACCGAGCGCAUCUACUCACUGUUCAGCACCUACAUGUCCAAACUCGUCAAAAUGCAAGAGGCGUGCGGCAGUAAAUCUGUGUAUGACGGACCCGAACAGGAAGAGUACUCCGGCUUCGUCAUAGACGACCCACAGGAGUCUUACAAGAUCCUCAAGCAAAUCGUCUCGGCUGUGCAAACGUUGGAGCAGCAGCAUGCACAGUACAAGCGAGAAAAGUUCAGGAAGACCAAGUACGGUAGCCAGGAGCAUCCAAUCGGCGACAAGAGCUUCCAGUGCUAUAUCCGCCAACAGUCAGAGAGCUCCACCUACUCGAUCUGACCCUGCCCAUUACCACAAUGCCCUUCUCUCUGCAACUAAUAACACGGCAAUGCCUGUUACAUCACAGGAACAAUGAGUCGUGAUCAUUGACCGAGAAAGGAGCGUGAGAUUAAAAGUAAUCUCACUCAAAUUCCUCCUUUUGUAGGUCGUACAAACCCAAUCGACAGCUUUCCACAGAACUGUGUGCACUUUAAUCGUCACACCUGCCCCGCUGACGAUGAAGCUCUGCCUCAUGGCAAAUUUUUCACUUAGGGACUUUGUUUUUAGGUCUUGAGAAUUUUAUUGUAGUUCUUCUAAGUCUUCAGGACCAAACUGCAGGUUUGAGAACCCUCUGCUUUUCACUUUCAUGCACAUAUUUUAUGUGCACGCCUGUUAACGAGAGCCUCCUGGCCAAUCCCAGCUCAGAAGAGUUAGAAUCUACCGACUUUAUCUUUAGGAUGCACGGACACAUAAUCAUCAGCAUUUCUUAAUGCAUGGUAGCAUUUUUACCUCUGGCAAAAUAGCUUUAGCCAAAGUAACACACAACGAGUAGGUACUUAAUUCUUCUGAACUGGGAUGUCGACUGAAAGGACCUAUCUGAAUCAGAUGUUAACUGUAACUGCUUGUUUUUUUUUUUGUUUGUUUUUUUCAUUAUUAUAAUGGCAUUGUUUUAUUAUAAUGACAUCUGUCUUAGAUGAACUAUGUCGUAAUGAAAAGUGUUUCUUUAUUUUUCCUGCACCUUGUCCAAAUCCAGACUUUUUACAGUAUUGUUACACGCUUUGGAGAACGUUCCUUAUGAUCCCCAGCCAAAUAUAACAGCAACUGAAGGAUUAGAGCAGAUUGGGAAACAGAUUUAGUGAUAUAAUUUUUCUCAAAGUAUCUACAAAACCUGAACUGGGCAUAGACACUAUCUUGACCUGGCAUCUGGCAUGAUACUAAAACUUGUUACUCAGACUCCAAUUUAAAGCCAGUACCUUUUUUUUUUUUUUUUUUUUUAAAUGAAAAAAAAGAAAGAAGAAAAAAUCCAAUCAUUUUAAUGUUUUAAUUUAAUUUAAUCUAAUUAGUCAGUUUAAAUAUACAGAUUUUAACAGGUUCCCUUUUGCCAGUAAUACCAGUACCAGCCAUUUGUGGUCUUUUGUACUUUUGUUGUGUUUUAUGUACUGUAAAUAAUGCAUUUGUAACCUGUGUCUUGUACUGAGAUUUAUUUCCCUCUGAGAGCUGUGUGUGUGUGUGUGUGUGUGUGUGUGCGUGUGUGUGCGAGACUGAGAACUGAAGGAUGCGUGAGGGAGAGAUUUCUUAUCUUAAUUAUUAUGUUCUAUUUUAACAAACACUUUCUCCCAACACUUCUAAAUGUAACAUAACUAGUGUUGUUUAAACCAGCACACUUGUGUAUUACAGAAAUUUGUGUAAGUUACAGAAAUGUACUAAUGGCCCAAUUUCUUUACUAUAGUUCAUCCAUUGGUGCAUGCUUAGUGUGAAUAUAUUGUUUUAAUAUAAGCCAGACAAUUUUUGCUACCCACUCCAAAAAGGUUCAGUAUUUAUUUUUAUAUCACAAUAUACAUUUUUUUGGGUGAGAGUAUUUGAGUACAAAAGAUCUCCAUACACAGAGUAUGAAAGAUGCAAUAAUUUCCUGAUCAGUUAUUUUAUGAAUAUCCGAUCAGUUACAGAUUAAUAAUCGAGAACUCGUGUUAGCUUUGGAUCAAUGCUCCUCACGGCGAUACCUUAAAAAGGGGAGAACGGUGUAUUUUGUAUAAUUCUAUAAAGAGUAUUAAUACAAAUUUGUGAUGUGUAGAGGUUGAUGUAAAAAUGAAUGAUGAAAAUGUAGAUGCAAAAAAAAAAUUUGUCUAAAUGAAGGCAAUAGCAAUGAACCUGUGAA